AUGCUGGUCCGUCGAAUUUUGACUCCGCGAUUGGGGUCUCGAGCCUGUGCCGGACUACCUUCUGCUACUCGCCCAGCAUUUACCCAAAUCCGACAUGCCUCCCAAGCUGAGGUGGAAGACCCAGGCAUGAAUGGCGGUUAUUCCAACCCUCCAGCCCAAAAGCGCCAAUUCCGCGACCCAUAUGGUGAAUGGUGGGAUAAGCAGGAUAGAAGGAAUUUUGGGGAGCCGGUUCACGAGGAUAAUGAUAUUCUCACUACUUUCAGUACUGAAAGCUACAAUCAUUUCAAAGCGCCCAAGGCUUUCAUGCUGCUAGGCAUUUCAAUUGCCUCGGUUUUCGCCUUCAGCGGCGUUGUUAGCUUCUUUUAUCCUGACAAACCAAGCAUUCCACGAACAUUUGAAGACGGCCUUGUAAAGGAGUUGGGGGGUGUAAAUGCUGUCAGGGCGCGAAUUCCUGGUGAAGGUUCAUGGUGA